GGCCAAGAGGAACUCCAGGGAGCACACAAGUUAUCAAUCGACCUCGUAGAGUGUUUAGAGUCUAAUAGAGUUCUAGAGAGAUGGCUUCCUUUCCCAGGCCCGGCCGCUCUAAUGAAAUCCAUGACAUGGCCACACCUCAAAACCCCAUCACCUCAAGACCUCCUCAGACCAAAUCACUCGAAGAUCUCCUCCCACCCUUUCUCCUUAAGAAGGUCGUUGCCGAGGUGAUAGCUACAUUUUUGCUGGUAUUCGUGACCUGUGGCGCGGCCGCGUUGAGCAAAUACGACCAGCGCAUCAUCUCGCAGCUGGGCCAGUCGGUGGCCGGCGGGCUCAUCGUGACGGUGAUGAUAUACGCCGUCGGCCACAUCUCCGGCGCCCACAUGAACCCGGCCGUCACCUUGUCCUUCGCGGUUCUGAGGCAUUUCCCUUGGAUUCAGGUGCCCUUCUACUGGUCAGCUCAGAUCUCAGGGGCUGUAAUUGCCUCAUUCAUCCUUCGCCAAUUGCUCCAUCCAAUUACCAAUCUUGGGACCACGAUACCGUCGGGUACACCAUUACAAGCAUUGGUGAUGGAGAUCGUUGUUACGUUCUGCAUGAUGUUUGUGACAUUGGCAGUAGCGACCGACACAAAAGCUGUAGGGGAAUUGGCAGGAUUAGCAGUUGGCUCAUCAGUUUGCAUAACUUCUAUCCUAGCGGGGCCGGUAUCAGGAGGAUCGAUGAACCCUGCGAGGACAUUAGGACCUGCGAUCGCAAGCCAGAGAUACGAUUCGCUUUGGGUGUACUUCAUAGGCCCAGUGAUGGGUACACUGGCCGGGGGAUCUGCCUACACUUUCAUUCGUUUAACUGAGAAGCAACCACAAGAGGGCAGUCAGAAAUUAUCUUCUUUCAAGUUGCGCCGCUUACAGAGCCAAGGUUCACUUGAUGUCAAGGAAGAAGAAGUUGAUCUGGAGAAUGUAUAAAUGGAGGGGCUCCAAUCUUGGAGGGCAGUUUUUAGGGCCUUAGCCCAUUGUAAUCUUGUAUGACAGUGUUGUACUAGCUUAUGUUACUAGCUAGUAUAAGGGUCGCUGCUUGCGGCCGUGCCUCUAGGUGGGAUCUUGGUUAUGAUGAGCCCCAUCCAUAGCAAGGUACUGUAAAAUAUCAGCUUUUCUAGUGGAUGCUUCAAUAUAUUUAAUGCAGUACCAACUCUCAUUUCACCUUCA